AAUUAAACCGGAAGUGUCCAUCAUCAAUAACAAAACAAAGAUGGCGUCUACACCGUUUGCUGAAACCAGAUCUCCGUUAACAAUUUUAAAUAACUUGCCAAAGGAACAUGAAAAGGCAAUAAAACAGGCGUUUUAUAAUACAGCUGCAAAUAUUUUCGUUUUAUUGGCAUGUGCAACGACUGUAGCUGUUUAUUUUAUCCUGGAAUCGUUUCUAAAACCGCUACUCUGGGCAGUUUUGUGUGGAGCUUUUUUGUAUCCGUUUAAAAGAUCGUUAACGAGUGCUUUGAGAAAUUGGUUAACAAGUUUACAUAAGUCAGAAACGCCAUUUCUUGUAGGACUUGCUGUAACACCAAUCAAAUGUGCUGAUAGUGCUAUUGAUUGUUUAUGCACAGGACUUUACCAGAAGAGAAAACUAGUCCUUGGAAUACUGCUCAGCACACAAGCUGUUUACCUGUUAUGGCAUUUUGCUCCACUUUGGACAACCUUUUGGAUUCUGCAACGAUUUUUCGUUCAUAUAUACGACCUUCUUGGAUAUUUUAGUACUUUCUGGGUAUGGACAGUGUUUGUUGCAUAUUUUGUAGCAAUAAUAUUCCUGUGGACGCCCGAAUCUCGAGGGUUACUGAAGAAGAUAUCCAUACCAGUAUGGCUAAUGUUUAUACUUCAUGUUGCAGCAACUGCAGGUAUAUUGCGGGUGCCUCUGCUGAUAUUUAUGGGUGCGGUAAUGAUUGUAGGCUUUGUAGCGGAUCAUAAUGAAAUGAAAAGACUACAGGAGGAAGGUCAAGACCCAAGUCGAAAGUCCAUGUUUGAGUCUGCAAUGAGUAUGUUGAUUGGCGACACCACGCCUCCUGAGUCACAUGACAAAAUUGACCAACCAGAAGAAGAGACAGAAGGGGAUAAACCAAUACCUGUUAUUGAAAAUAUUGGAACUCCAAUGAAACCAGAGAUGAAAGCCAAAGGUGACGUCACUAAACCUAGUUCACUAAAUGUACAUCAAGAAGUCCUCAGACGUCCUAAGCAAGGUAGCAAACUGACAUCAGCGCCAUCCGAGAAGGAGUCUGCAACCAGGUCACUGAGUGACCAGUAUUUUAUCGGACUGUUAUGGGGUCUUGUGUUGACAAGAGUUUGGAUACAUUUCUGGUUGGUCUGCAUCUUGUUGCCCAUACCAAUGGGGUUAUGGAUUGUCAAGAAAGCUAGUAUAUCAUUGGGAAGUUCGGAGGGGCCUUUAGGCGACAAAAUGAGGUGUAUUAGGAAGGGGAUAGCUGAUUGGAUUAGAGACAGAAGAGAUGUUAUCAUGCCAAACUGGUUACGAGGCAUUGCCAGAAUUGUAAUGAAAGGUGAUCAAAAGAUAAUUAUGCUGUUGGAAUCCUCCUUGGAUAAAGCAACAAGUGUGUUGUUUAUUCUGUUGUUGUUGGUUGGAAGCACCAUGUUUGCUAUAUUCUUUGCCAUACAGGUACAACAAGAAAGUAUGUAUUUGGUGAAAACAACAAGCAACCUACUGAAUAAUUCACUCCAUCCUGAAAUGGCAAGUUGGCUACCAAACAAUGAAGAUGUUCAAGAAGCUAUGGAUUCCAUGGUUGGAAAUGCCUAUCUGUAUGGGAGAAACUAUAUCGCAGCUAAGGUGCGUGACAUGGUUAAUGGCCCCACAGAUAACAAUACACAGAUUGAGGGUCAGGUUCUAGACAUGUGGGACAGACUGUAUGAGAGCUGGCUGGCUAGGCUGCAUACAAAUGGAACAAUGCUGAUGAAUCAGAAUACCAGCUCAAGUACAAGUCUGAGUAAAAGUGGACAAAUGAAACUACCGCUGGACAUAACAAACCUGUCAUCAAUCUGGGGCGUCGUAACACAAGGAGAUGGAUUUAAUUUCGGUGACAUUAUAGCCUUCGUUAAAGAAAACAUCGGGACCUUUUUAUCAGUGUUGGAGUCAGUGUGGUUGGUAUUGAAGGGUAACAUGAAUCUUGUGUUCACUGUACUCACGUCAACACUGUCACUGGUAUUUGGAGGUGGAACAGCCCUUCUCAACUUUGUUCUUAGCUCGGUAAUAUUUUUGACUACCUUAUUCUACCUACUUGCAUCAAGUGGUGAUCAGUAUAAACCAAUAGAAUGGUUCUCAGCCAUGUCUCCCACAGCUGGCACUGGUGGUAACACUUUCGGGCAGGCAGUCCAAGAUGCUGUCAGUGGAGUAUUCAUGGCAUCAUUGAAGAUGGCAGUGUUUUAUGGAUUAUAUACAUGGCUUACACAUUCAUUGUUUGGUGUUAAUAUUGUGUUCAUACCUUCAGCUCUUGCUGCUGUAUUUGGUGCGAUGCCUUUUCUUGGAACAUAUCUUGCGUGUUUCCCUGCCGUGUUAGAGUUAUGGCUGGUGAAAGAUCAGUUCAUACUUGCAAUGGUAUUUCUAGUCAUUCAUUUCCUGCCAGCUUAUGUCGUAGAUACAGCAAUCUAUAGUGAAAUCAAAGGUGGUCAUCCCUACAUGACUGGCCUGGCUAUAGCAGGGGGUAUGUUGUGGCUUGGAUUGGAGGGUGCUAUUUUUGGCCCCAUUAUUCUCUGUUGCCUAGUUGUACUGGUGAAUGUUUACAGUACCAUGCUGAAACCAGAAACACCAGGCAUUCACAGUGGUAUAGUGUUUAGAGAGCCCAAACGUGAGAAGCUCAGUCAGGUCCCUGAGUAUGAUGUGAUGCCAUAAUACUGAGAUUAUUGUGUAUCUGAGUGUCAACGAAUCUCGUCUCUAUGUGUCAUAAUCUACACCCUGCUACUCCACACAAAAUAUAGGCAUACAGGCACUAAAUUUAUCACUGCGCUGGCUUAGGUAUAGUGGGACUAAAUCAUUUACUGUUCAGGAUUGAUGUUAUCAGUUCCAGAAAAUGCAUAGUUAUACCUCCACAAACAAACUUUAGGGAGGUAUAUGGAGGGCUGACCGCAAAACUGUUGUAAAUCCUUCUUUAUAUCAUACAAGUUACUGCAGUUUUGCGGUCAACCCUCGAUAUCGGAGACAACUUUUUUACAUUUUAAUAUUGAAUAUAUACCCUAAUUCUUCAUAAUGGACUAUUUUAAAUUAAAGCAAAUCAAGUAUUUCUCAGAAAUUUUAGCAGAGUUAUAUUUAAGUUAUCCUUGAAAUCAGUGUCUAUGUACUACUUUUUCCAUGAAGACAAUUUAGAGAAGACCACACUAAAAAUGAUCUUGAGAGAACAAGGAAAACUAUUCAGUGAGGGCACUUUAGACAAUUAAGUAAACACUAAUAGCUUGUAAUUUAACAUCUUAUUUUAUUGGUUUUAUUUCCUGUAUGACACUCAAGUAUUGUAGGAAAAUGACUAUUACUACAUACAUUUUAUAUUUAUUAGUAAUUGCCAUAAUGUGUAAUACACUGGUUAUUUAUAUAUAUUUCUGACAUUUUUUUUUUAAGUACAGUAAAGUUGUAGUAUUGAAGACUCAGUGGCUAAAAGCAAAUGUUAUUGGAUGCAAUCUUAAAAUUUUUGUUAUUGAUAUUGUGAUAUUCACCACGCCAUUCAUGCACAUGUGAUAAAUUCUACCUUAAAUAAUGUCAAAAACAUGCCAGUGGGUAAAAAUUAUAUACAUGUACAUGACAUUUUCAAACCAUUUCUGGGGCAUUAUUUGUUAAGAGUUGAUAGCUGUUGCUGACAAGGUGAUAACUGCAGCUGACAAGUGCUUGCAUGCUUUUGAUUAAGGCUUACAUGCUACCAAAUUGUUCAAGAAUUAUUGCCUUUAGGAUUCUGAUCAUUAUAAUUUCUAUGAAGAUAUAAAAAAAUGUUUUGUUAAGAAAAACACUUUGAGAUUUAUUAUCCCAAUCUUUGAGUUAUUUAAAGAAAAAUGUAAAAUACCAAGUUUUGGCUGAAGUCUCUAUACAAAAUACCUUCUUUUGUGUAAACUUUUAAAAAUAUUUUAGAUGCAAAUUAUAUUGCUUUGAAGAAUUCAGAUAUCCUGCAAUAGAUUUAUGACAUUUGUCCUCAUAUAAUUUGUGUAUAUUUUAUAAAUAUCUAUGGACACCUGCUUAAGACUAUAUGACAUAUAUUAUGAAAGUGCUACUUUUUAAAGUGUUUUUGUAUGUUGUAAAAAUAUAUAACCACAUUUAAGUCCACAAUUUGUGCCUGCCUUGCCAAGCUAAUGCCAUGACAGGGUUGUUGUUAAAAUACAGAUUUCUUCAUGUUAAAAUUUGUACUCUUCUUUUAGAUAUUGUUAAUGUAAAUGUAAUCAUCGUUUUAACAUUUUUAAACAUAUUUGAUGUUAGGCUGCUUUCACAAAUACAUGUAUGCGUGCACUUUUUCCAGCUUUUUCUUUAUCA